CUCAAGACACUGCUGUUGUUGUAAUAGAUGGUCCAAGAGAUAUAGCGGCCAUAUCCGGGCAGAAUGCUGAGUUGACUUGCCACAUCAACACUACUAUUUCGGGUGAGAACCAUCUUAUACAAUGGAUCGCGUAUUCUGAUAGAACAGGCGGUCGACCCUUGUCACUCAAUGGGGACAUCCAAGCGACUGACAUGCAAAACAAGUUCACCAUAAGUUCCACGAAGCCUUACAAUUUGCUAAUACACACUGUAGGCAUUGCUGACGCUGGGAAGUACACUUGUAAUGAUGUGUAUACUGGAAUGCCGGUUGAAGAUCAGAACCAUUGGUUAGUUGUUUUGGAUCUAGAACCGUGCCCCCCAGAAAUGUUGACAUCAAGAGAAAACGAUACGAUUACUAUGAGCUGUCAGGGCAAAUAUGCAGGGCACAAAGAUGAUUCGCAGAAGCCAACUAUUACCUGGGAACUUAAUGGCACUGUCCAUACCGCGGUGACUGACAUGACAACACCAGGGUGGUUCAGGUCUGAGUUUCGGAAGACACUCUCUCGUUUGAAUGAUCAAGAAGAACUUUGUUGUACAAUGUCAAUCAGCGUCCUGAAUUUCAAACGUCGCUGUUCUAUUAAACUUGAUGUACAAUAUCCAGCUGAGAAGCCUGUCAUUUUCUUUGAUGGUGAAGCUUUGGACGACAAGGCAGUCGUAUAUGUCACAGAAGGAGAUAACGUACAACUACAUGGCAAAUCCCGCGGCAACCCUCCACCUGCAUACACAUGGACAUUUACACCAACUGACCAAUCGAAUGUAACUAUUGACGAGUCCUAGAUACAAAGCGAGUCAUCAACAUACAACAGAACCAGGCUGGGAUGUAUAGAUGUUGUGCGUCAAAUGAUCUAAACAAGAAGAUGUUAUGUAGCGGAAUAACGCUUCACGUUCACG